CUCACAGACUCUCGAGAUUCAUCUCUGUUGGCUGUGAGAUCUGGUGUUUUUCUACCUGCAAUUGACCUGCGAGCCACUUGCCUUGGACCUGCUACUUACCUGCACUACAUCUGUGAUCCUCUAAUCCAGAACAAGUUUACACACACAUUGAUUCCAUUUAAAAAACACACUUAACUAAUUGUUAAUCCACACACAUACUCCUUCUCCACACAAGCACACAGACACACAAACACAAACACACACACACAUACACAAUUUGUUGAUUUCCCACUGCCAAGGUAAGUUGAAACAUUUGUGUAGUUGAAGACUGACGUUGUCUGGUAAAGCAUUGUUUGUGAGUAUGAUUGGUACAGAUUCACUUUGAUUUUUAAAGUUUCUUUGUGAACUUUGAAAAAAUAUUAUUUUUUUUUGUUUUUCAUUCUUAGAUGCCCCGUGCCAAGUCCCACCGUCGUGCCCAGGCCCAGAAGCGGAGGAUGGCGCAGCCGCAGCCAUGGACCCCCCAGCCGCCUGUCCCCGAGUUCGUUGCUCGGCGCGGUACCGGUUACCGCCAUCGCGUGCGGAGAUGGCCAACUUCGGAGCUGACCCAGCGGAGCUUCAAGUUGGUCACUCCUGCCCAGCAGCCGGACCAGAAGAUGGUGUUCGUCGUGGGAGCCUCCCACCUGCGGCCCAUGGUGGAUGGGAUCGUCGCCAUGCCAGAGGGACCUGUCUCCUUUGCUUUUCUCUCUGUUCCAGGUGCGCAUGCAGCAGAGCUGAGGACGGAGGUGUCCCACGCCGCUCUCCCCUGGACCCCGGACGUGGUCUGCGUGAUGGCCCCCAGCAACAACCUCACGGCCAGCAGGAACAUCGGAGAGGCGUCGCUGGACUUCGGUGCUCUCCUGGCUACAGUCUGCAGCCGCUGGGCGAAGGUGUUUGUGCUGGAUUUCCCUCCACGCCUGAACAUCGAGCCUGGCCUGCAGGAGCUGUUUCGCCAGGAGUUCCGCCGUGUUGCAGCACGCAUGGGUCUCCCGUACGUGUCUGUGCACCUGAGCGACAGCGAUGGAACGCCGAUCCUGGUCCAGGCCCUGUGGGAUGCUGCGGUCCGCCAGCUGGCUCCUCCUCCUCCUCCUCCUCCUUCGGUGCCCCCCCGGACCUCGCCUCGUGCCAGGGUCUCCCCCGUGCUGGUCGUGACUGGACACAGCCCCACGCCCCGUCACCGCGACCCACUGGAGUGGACCGUAGUCGGACAGGAGGGCAAGGUUCGAGCAUCUCCGGUGCAAGAGUCUGUCCUCCCGUCCAACCCCGUGUGGUUCAGCGGCGACAUGUUGGAGGCCAUGGAGACGGUUUGUCCUUCUUCAGACGACGACGACACUGCCAUUCCACCAGCUGGCCAGGUAAACUGCCUGAAAAUUAUAUGUACAUGAUAGU